CCGCCUCCUGACGGUGACGUCGCCUGCAGGGCCAAGAUGGCGGCCAAGGAAGCAAAGAUAACACUGUUUCAGCCACUGAUAGGGACCAUUUUGGAGUAUUUUGGAUAAGAAAAACUUGCCCUACACUGGCCAUUGGAGAGUGAAUGGUUGUGGAGGCGAGAUGGUUCCUGAGCAUAUGCAAAGCACCUCCAUUUUGCAUUCAUCCUUGGAAUUGCAAGGAAAAGGUCUCUAAAUAUAUGCCAGGGAAGAAGUUUAUAGGUCAAGGAAACAUACUUACAGAGCUCAAAAUGGGCAGCUUGCCCAGUAUCCAGAUAUAUGUACCAGGGAGAUCUUUCGUUCCGAAGAUUUAUUGCUAAUUCCAACCAGGAGAUGGCAAAAUGGGCUGUUCUUCCAACGACAUUGGCUUUUGUGCCUAUGAAAGUCUGUGCUGCAUCUGAGGAGGAAACAAAAUCCCAUCGAGUGAAGGCACAUCAGCUUCCCAUUUAUAACGCGCCACCUCUUGAAUCAAGGUAUAUUGAUGAAAAGCCUGGACGCCUGCAAAAUGCAAUUUCAUCAGUAAGAAAGACAACAAGUUCCUACAUAAAUGGAUGCAAGGAUGCUUAUCUUUGGGUCAAAAAUGGAAUAAUAUCUUCUAUACAGUUUGGAAAAGAUACUUAUGUUUAUCUGAAGAAUCCACCUCCAGAGUUUCUUCCCAAAGUUGGGGUGAUUACAAUUUCAGGACUGACUGGGGUCGUCCUAGCAAGGAAAGGUUCUCGAUUAAAGAAAAUUGCUUAUCCUGCAGGACUUUGCGCAUUGGGGAUAUCACUCUGCUAUCCAGCCCAGUCAGUAAUUUUUGCAAAGGUGACAGGCGGGAAGGUUUACGCUGCAAGCCAUAAAACGUAUGAAGCAAUAGGAUCCCUAUGGACGAAAAAAUCUCCUGCAGAAGGAGGACUUGCCCAGGAAAAAGUUACUCAGGAAGUUGCAAGGCCGCUUUCAGAGACACGGCCGAGCAUCUCAAGUGCUGCCAAGAUCAUCCGGGAGUCAGAGGGAAAAGCAUUGGCAAUGCAGUCUGAUGCAGAGAAGGCUCUUCACCGGGAAGAAGCCAUGUCUUUGGCAGAAGGGAAGGGUUCCACUGUCAAAUCAGAUGUGCUGAAAGCCUCAAAGUUUAAACCAGAUCCCAGGCUCAUGGACCACGGCCAGUCCAGUCCAGAAGAUGCAGAUUUGUACAGCACCAGAAGCUAACACACCAAAUUUCAGUCUUCAGGCAAUACUUAAUGAUGGACAUUAAAAUGGGAGUGUUACAGAAUUAGGCAUUGUACUUUGUUGUUUGAUCAGGCCUUUCCUUAACUCCACUUUUUACAACCAAUUUAUUCUCUUUGUUUUGUCAUCCAUCUUUUUUUUUUUUACGAUUUUCUACUGUCAAAAUUGUUUUCUGGUUUAGGGGAGGGGGUUCUUUCAGCAUCAUUGGCUUCCGUAGUCAGGUGUCAGGUGAUACUGUCAUGCCUGCUUAGUAAUUAAUUGCAAAUUAAAUGUAAAAUAAGGUUUGGAUUGGUAGGCCCAGCUAGAGUAGACGUGGCCUGUUUCUUGACUGAUGAGUACAUCUCAUUGAUUCAAUGGGUCUGCUUCAUUCCGAUGAACAAUGGGAUUAAGAUCUUGAUUUUUACCUUGCUUCUGCAUAAUAGUAAUUAAACAAUAUUAAAACAUU